AUCUCCUAAAAUGUAAAAUGUAAAUCGAGGAAACACACAAGAUGGCGAAACAUGGCUGGAAAUCCAGCUUCGGUGAUAGCCAAAUCGCCGGAAUGUACGAUUUAGGAGAGACUUUGGGACGUGGGCAUUUCGCAGUUGUGAAAGUGGCAAGACAUGUUAUAACGGGAGAGAGAGUAGCGGUAAAAGUGAUCGACAAAACCAAGCUCGAUGAAGUCUCGCGGGAGCAUCUCUUGAAAGAAGUGCGCUGCAUGAAAUUAGUUCAACACCCAAAUGUAGUUCGACUUUACCAAGUUAUUGAUACGAACACGAAAUUAUACCUUAUACUAGAACUAGGAGAUGGAGGUGACAUGUACGAUUAUAUUAUGAACCAUGAUAAGGGCCUUCCCGAAGAGAAAGCUCGGUAUUUCUUUCGACAAAUUGUUCUUGCAAUCGACUAUUGCCAUAAACUGCACGUCGUUCAUCGGGACCUAAAACCCGAAAAUGUGAUAUUCUUUAAGAACCAGGACAUGGCAAAGCUCACGGACUUUGGAUUCUCGAAUAAUUUCAUUCCUAACGAGAAGUUAGAUACAGCGUGUGGCUCGCUUGCUUACUCUGCUCCCGAGGUUUUAUUGGGAGAUGCGUACGAAGCUCCGGCCGUGGAUGUGUGGAGUCUAGGGGUGAUACUCUACAUGCUUGUUUGUGGCCAAGCCCCAUUUAGUGAAGCAAACGAUAGCGAGACCCUAACAAAGAUCAUGGACUGCAGAUACGAUGUUCCAGAUCAUGUUUCACCACUUUGCAAAAAUCUUAUAUCUAGGAUGUUGAUCCGUGAACCACAUAACCGGGCUAGCCUUGGUGAGAUUAUGAGCCAUCCUUGGCUACAGCAAGGACCAACGCCUCUGGUGCCCUCAGAUGUGCCAUUGGUGGCAGAGCUUCCCCUCACUACUGACGAGCACCUGUUAUUACUAGAUAAAAUGGAAGACGGGAACAUUGCUGAUCGAGACAAGGUUAUAAGAUCCCUGGAGGAGAACUCUUAUGACUUUACCGCUGCUACCUAUUUCCUCUUGGCUGAACAACACCUUCGCAGACUCAAGUUAAACAAGCCAAGCAACCCGGAUAUGGUUAAGAAGCGCCGCUCCCGAGGUUCGUUACCAGACAACGCAUUUUUGACACACAGGAAGCCUGCAUCAAGGCCGUCAUCAGCGGAAAGUGACAGCGGCUCAGAAAGAUCCGAAGACAACAGUCCACGGACAAGUUCUUCCCGGCUAUCAAGAAGACUGGUACCAAGAGAAGGACAUGUUCUUAACAAGACCCUUCAGGCUCACGCAAUCGAAGUGGACGAGGUGCUCCACAGUUCUAUGGAGGAAGACGAUAGACCCCCGAAAACCUUCGGAGACUCCAGGCAUAUCUCGAACUCCCUCGACACCCUCUCGUACAGCACGAGCGCUAUGCCGAGCAACACGCUUUUCCCGGGUAAAGAUGACGUAAUGCGAAGUGGUCACGUGCCUUCCGCCGUGCGUCGCAACCGUAGGUCUAAGGGUGGACACUUACCGCUGACCAAAGCUAAGAGCACGCCAAUGCACCUGAAUCAGAUUUUCGAGGAGAGAGAGUCGGAUAUGGAUGAGAGCCCGAGAAGCUCGCCGAGACUCGAGCGACCCCACCGAAGACAUGCCGGUGGCGGAGCUAUCAAAGCGAAGCGCAAUACUCGCCGCUUGUCGCCAGUCCCGUCUACCGGAAGUCGGCGCUCGUCUAGCUGUUCGAGUUCUGACGCUGAUGACGACGAACUAGACAAACACAUGAAGAGACUGGACACGAGCUCGAGCUGUCGGAGGAGCCCGCGGCAUCGUCAGCAUGAUGACAGCGGUAGCGAGGGAGACGGUGGUCUGGGCGGUAGUGGAAAUGGCGGUGGCAGCGCAGGACUGGGCCCUAUGGAUACGAGUUCUUCCGAAAAUAGCAACAAUUCCUCUAACGAGAGUAGAACACAGAAUCAAAAUGGCGGUAGUGGUAAGACGAAUGCUAUGAGCAGAGGCGGUUUUCUUGUUACCAGUGACUCCAAAUUCACGCUUGCUGCCAUAGACGAGAGUAACAAGGAAAAUUUGUGUGAAAAUCGCUCUCGUGGAGACGUGAGCUCAACUACGAGUUAUGACGACACUAUGUGCAGAUCCGAUAAGACGCCCCUUAUUGGAGAUUGCGACGCAACACCAGUACCAUUAACGUCCUCUGAGUGCCCGCGUCCUUUUAGUGCUGACUCAAAUGAUCGCGGGCGCACAUACGGGUUCUGUGCUGAGCGCAAGAGCAGCGCCGCGAAGUACAUUCACGAUUUCUCGGAACUGGAAAGAACGUUUGAUGCCCCAGAGGAUCCGCUCAUUUCCGGCGGAAGUAAGCGCGACUCCCUCACACCACGUGACUUGGAGAACAUUGACAUGAAAGUGCAAAUGAAACGUGCGAGAACACUGCCGCCAUCGGGGCCGAGCCAUUUGCGCGUUUUGCGCAACCCCGCUGUACAGUCUGUUACCAGUAACUGCUGUCAGAUCUUUUAAAUUUUUCUUGUUUUGACCCCUGAAAUAUAAUAUUAAUAUUAUUAACCUUUUAAUAUUACAAGUCUAUAAGCGUUUACCAAUUCUAGGGAAGAAGAUUUUAGCAAAAUAUAGAAUUUUACCAAAUAUUGAGGCUUAUAGUCUCUAGUCACGUACUUGAAGCUUUAGAUUUAUUACCGGGUAGAAAAGCUAAAAUAAUAUAUAUCAGUAAAAUGAUCUAAACCUGGUCUACACUCCAGUUCCUUGGAGCAUCAUUUAUAAAGCCCAGUGCACACUAGCAAAAUAAAGAUAUUAGCGCGGGGGAGGAACUUGUAAA